AUGUUAACAAAAACUUGGUUACCUAUUACUGUGGAUAGUGUUCAGACUCAUUUGCGGCGCGAGGACUCCACCCGCAUUAAGCCCUCCCCCUCCGCGUGCUCCCCCCGCCAUGGGGAACUGCUUCUCCACGCCGCCGCCGUCGCCCAGAAAGCCUCCGCAGCAGCAACCGCAGCCGCGCCCCCCGCCUCCGCCGGCCGCGCGGCCAAUCCCCAACGGUCACCCGCCUCCCGCGCCGCCGCACGCUCCGGCGCCAGCGCCGGCGCCACAGCCGGUGUCGCCGAGGCAACCAGCCCUCUCAACCCCACCCACCACACCCGCCUUCCUCUCUCUCUCUCUCUCUCUCUCUCUCUCUCUCUCUCUCUCUCUCUCUCUCUCUCUCUCUCUCUCUCUCUCUCUCUCUCUCUCUCUCUCUCUCUCCUCGCCUCCCGUACCCCCUGUCCCCUACCGCCUCCCGCGUCCCCUCCUCCCUGCCCUGUCCCCCAGCAGCGCCCCCGCCUCCCCCAGCCGCAGCGGGCGGGCACCCUCUGCGCAACAGCGCCCCCGCCACCCCCAGCAGCAGGCGGGUACCCGUUGCGCAAGUCUCUUGUCCCAGGAGUGGUGUCGCAGUACAACUACCAGGAGGUGCAGGCCGCCACUCAGUCCUUCUCCACAGAGAUCGGCCGCGGGGGCUUCGGCGUGGUGUUCCAUGGGCGGCUGGCGGACCCCCAGGGCGGCCCGGCACACGAGGUGGCGGUGAAGCUGAUGGCGGAGGACCACAUCACCAACGGCAUCGACAGCUUCAUUACGGAGGUGGGGGUGAUGGCGCGGGUGCACCACCCCAACAUACUGCGCUUGGAGGGGUACGUGGUGGGCGCCACGCCCAUCCUCAUCUACGACUACGUCUCCAUGGGGGACGCCUCCACCUACCUCGCUAAAGCGGCGCGGGGCGAGGUGGCGUUCACGUGGAAGCAGCGGGUGGUGGUGGCGCUGGGGUGUGCGGAGGCGCUGACGACCAUCCAUGCCAACAACUUCGUGCACCGCGACUUCAAGACCACCAACGUGCUGCUCCGCCAGGACCUCACCCCGGUGGUGGCGGACUUUGGGUUGGCGAAUUGGAAGACGCACGUGCAGACGAGGGUGAUGGGGUCCAUGGGCUACAUCGACCCCAUGUACUUGGACUCCG